AACAGAAUUUUGACUUUUCCAGGUUGAUAAAGAGAUUCGCCUCUUUCAACCUGCGCUCUAAUUCCCUCAACUUCGCGAUAUGCUCCUCAAAAGUGUGGCUCGCCACAACUAUAUCGUCGAGGUACACGAAUAUAGCGGGCUCAAGUUCGCCAUGUCCUAAGACCCUGUCCAUGAGUUUACUAAGUGUUGCCGGGCUAUUUACUAGUCCGAAAGGCAACCUAGUAAACUGGAAAAGACCUUUCCCCGGAACCGAGAAAGCAGUAAACCUUCUCGAAGCACGAUUCAAAGGUACUUGCAGAAAAGCCUGCGAAAGGUCAAUGGUGGUUAAGAACCUGAAUGGACCAAGUUGACUGAGGAUGCAAUUUUGAUGUGGGAGAGGAUAUGCAUCUCUCUUUGUUCGCUCAUUGAGCUUUCGAGCAUCGAGACACAGUCGUACGUCUUCGCUGUCGCGCUUCUUGACGGGAACGACUGGUAAAGCCCAAUCCGAGUUCGAAGGUUCAACCACCCCGUCCCUGAUCAUAUUAUCCAAUGCACGGUGGAUCUUUUUCUGGAUCUCAGGACUCCACGGGUACGGGUUCUUUCGAACAGGAUCGGCCUUCACAAACUCGUCCUUCAGCUCGAUGUGGUGUUCAAUGAGACCUGUUUUGCCCAGAUGGCCUGGACUCGCUGGGAGAAACAAACUUUUCACUUCUUCCAGCUGCCUCAUUUGAUCCUCGCUCAACUCACUCAUCUUUUCCAAUGGUUCUCUUUCAGCUUCGUCGAUCGUAUCGAUAUGUUGAGAUACCGUAGGACGGAUCUCGAAAGCCUGCCAAAAAUCGUAGCCGAGAAUGCAGCGACGACUCAGAUUUGGAGCGACCAGAACUGGUAUCGUGUUCACAUUGGCUGCCAGCAUCGCGAUCCUACAGUCUUCACGAGUGUUCCGGAAAAGGACGUCAAACUUCCGUUUUUCAUCCCAGGGGCACGACAUGCUACGGAAGAUCCGGACCAUGUCCAAGUAAAAGUCCUGGAACUUCUCUCUGGGACCCUGCUUCCGGUUAUUCGCCUGCCGUUCAUAGACAUAGUCAAUGUCGACCGAUGGCUACGCAGUGUCCGCUCAGCUGCGCUACGAGAGACGUCCAGAGGAAUGUCCCUGAUUUUCAUCUCGUGCUCCAGCUCAUCGAGGGUGAGAUGCCCAGGAUUCAUCGCGUGGUAUCACGCCACGAACUGGGGCAUAGCCAUCUCUUCCAGUGCCAUUCAACAAAGAAAAUCAGAAUAAAAUUGAAAAAGAAACUAAAACGGUGUUCAAGUGGGGGUUUCCACUGAACCAAAUUUGAAAAUCCUAAUUAGAAAACUCUUCCGUUAGCUUGAAAGCUGUAAAAAAAAAAUUAAAAAAAAACCUAAAAUUUGUUCACGCUCCCUAUUGAAGCAAAUAAUUUAAAAAAAUCCUAGUUUUAGCUCGCUUAUUUGGAAUAAACGUUUCGUUCUUGUUUGGCGUUUUGUUUCACAGUCUGAAAACCACACAACACUGUUCGAGAUUCCGGAAUUCACCGCGAAAACUCUCCGACUUCGUUCGUAUGCUUUUAUUAAGUUUUGCUCAAUUGUUGGUAGCUAGUCAGACCGUUCACUCACAUCCAAGACCCCUCUUUAAGAAUCGAUUAUAUUGACACCCAUUCAUCAAUCGGUUACCUGUUUUGUGUGCUUUGGUCAAGUUCAUCCGCGAAGUCUGGAAGUUUUCCCAGAGACUUCCGCAAAGACACGCAAUCGCUAUUCAAGUGUACCCGGGCUCUGAUAGUCUACGCAAAUUUCAGUUGGGCGCCAAGUGUAACUAGUGGGCGAUCCCUGCCCAGCACUGGUGAGACCCCCCUCCUUCAACUGCCUCAGGGUCGGCGUACGCGCUUGACUAUCGCGGCCAAGGAAAACACUUAAACACUUUGCUUAAUCACAAACCCACUUUAUUCUUGCUUUUACACACACAAACUAGGUACCUUUAUUGAUUGCUCUUUCUCCCACUUUCUUAUUAGCUAUCUCCUACCUCACUUUUCCUUCUUCUACGCAGUCUUCGGGGGCCCCUUCUUCUCGCUCCGCUACUUCACCUUCUCCUUCGUAUCUCCUUCGGUGUCCUUCGCUGUCGCCUUCCGUUGGGUUGGACGGCCGUUCGACGCAGUCCGAGUCACGACGGUUGGUUGAGCGCGUGAACUCCAGGACACGCUUUCAAAAUGGCCGCGCCUCUAUUGUGUGGCGUCUGAAUGGCCCACGAUGGUCUAUUCGGUCGACGGAGUGGCGUUCUUGACGAUUGGGCCAAUCUCCGGAC